AUGUCUCUCUUUCCCAGAAUCUCAUUUACCCCAGUCCGCGUCGGUCCCAGCCGUCGCAGGGCGGAGCUCGCACCCUUAUUUAGCCUGUUAGACGACUCCAUCGACGAAGUUCAAAGGGCCAGCCGACAGGCACUGAACCACUUUAAGCCUGCUUUUGAUGUCAAGGAGACCGACGAGGGAUAUACCCUAGAGGGGGAGCUCCCUGGCGUCGACCAAAAGGACAUCAACAUCGAAUUUACCGACGAAUCUACCUUGACCGUCAGGGGCAGGGUAGAACGCCACUCCGAGUCCGGUCGUCGUUCACAAGCCACCAUCGAAGGCACAAAGGCGGAAAGAAGGCCUCUCAAACCUACCGUUGAAGAUGAGGAACCAGCCAACACCAAUGUGGAUCACGAGGUCUCACAACCCACACCUUCACCGGAGCCCGGCCAAGUUUCAGAACCCGGCCAAGAGCCAGAUCAUCACUACUGGAUCUCGGAGCGGUCAGUUGGAGAGUUCUCGCGCACCUUCACCUUCCCAGCACGUGUGAACCGGGAGACGGUCAAGGCGUCCUUGAAGCACGGCAUCCUCACCGUUCACGUGCCCAAGGCCCCAGCCCCCCAAACUCGACGCAUCGCUGUCGAGUAA